AACACUGACGGGAGACUAUCAAAGUAAAACAGGAAGCACACAGAGACGCAGACCAGAUUGGAAGAGAACACAGACAUAGCGGGCUGUGGAAAACAUGGAAUACAACACAAGGAGGAGAAACGAGGCAUGGGGACUGGCAGAGAUACAGAGGGGGCACACAGGGGGUAAAGUCACGAGGGGAAAUCAAAUAAGCAACAUCUUAACAGAACAACCUAGGGACCCUAAAACUGACAUCAAACAACAACAAGAGACACAAAAACCAGGUAGAAGUCCCGGGACCAUGACAUGCAGGUGGUUACAUAUGGUUAAAAUGAUUCAAAUGCAGAAAACAUCAGCAUAUGAACACAAAACUGAAGAGACACUGCAACCGUAUGAAAGCAGACCACUAUUUAGUGACAUUUCGACGUUUCCCUGAGGAUUAACUGCUCUGUAAUUUACCAAGAACUAAAUCAAAAUGAGUGGAAGUGGAGAUGGAUUUCAAACUAACCGUAACGGCCAACAGGUUAACCCACAAUCAAUUGCAAGUGGAGAUCAGGAACCUGCUCAUCAACCAGCUAACCGAAGAGCUAACCGGCGAGCUAACCGACGAGCUAACCGACCAGCUAACGAAGAUAUCGGUGGACUCCGGGGCUUCACGAACGAUCUUUAUCUUGCUCUUCGUGAUAUUUAUUUGUUUCUGGAUAGGCUAAUAGCUUCAGUACUGGAACAAUAUGACAAUUACCUUUACAAUGACACUGACACUGACACUGACGAUGACAAUGAAAAUGACAACAAUGUCAACGUUCAAAAUAUUAAUGUAAGGGAAUUUAAUGCCAAUGCUGACAACAACGAACAGCAUGAGGAUCAUAAUGCUGUGGUUGUUGUUGGCAUUGAAAAUGAGGAUUCGGAUGAGGCAUUUGAAGACUGUGUGGAUGUUGACCAGCACAUCCCAGAAGAGGACCCUCAGCCAGGUGUAUCCAGGAGGAGGUCUAGAGAGAUGGAUGAAGAAGAAGAUGUGGAACCAAACAAAAGAAUCAGAUGGAGCGAGGAGUUUUCUGAUGAUGACUCUGACUUCUUCUCUGCUUGUGACACUGAUAGCGAGAGCUGUCCUCGUGUAGGUAAUAUUGCCGAUGAGGACAUCAGUCAGCAGUCAACAGAAGAAGAACCGCAGCCUGGUGGAUCCACGAAAAGGUCCAGAGAGGAAGAUGUUGAUGAAGAAGAGCGUGAUAGCAAAAAAUCCAGGCUUGCACACUCUGAUUCGGGGACCAGCUCAGCUGUGUACGACCACUCUGAGAGCAGCAGUGAUGAACUUUUUGAAGAUGCACACGAAGAGCUUGGCAACCAUGAAGGUGGAGGCUCGAGGAAGUGUUCCCGAGAGGAUUUGAGGAAGAAGAGGAAUACUUGCCUGUAUGCAAAUUUCGGAGGUGUUCAACUGAGUCCAGCAGCAGCAGUGAUGAAGACUAACACCAUUUCGACGGGUUUCUUCAGUAUCCUUUUAGUAGGCUGAUGGCCUACUCAGGUGACCCUGAAUCCUCCAUGCUGCAAUAAGCUGGGCAUACACUGUGCUGCAAUUUUUUCAGUCGCGUUAUUCAGCUCCUGGUCAAACUGUACGAUUGACUCACAGGGAUGAGAAGUUUGUGCCUCCAUUGCUCGUGUCCAGAUCACACGCCGCACCGCCGUUCUGCUCCGUCUUUUCACACUCAUUUCUGCGUUUGCGCGUGCGCAGUGUAAGACGCUGCGGUGACGCCCUCAGCACGGCCGAAAGGAUUUCAAACAGGUUUGAUUUUCUUACGAGCAAACGAUUGAUGAUCGGGAGCUGGUCGAGAAGUGUUAAUCAACAACAACAAUCUUUAUUUAUAGAGCACAUUUAAAAACCAACGGUAUGCCAAAGUGCUUAACAUAAAACAGGAAAUAACACAAGUAUAAUCAGGGUCAUAAAAAUGUAAAAUUAUGUUCACAGGAAAAUGCCACCAAUACACAAUGGCGAUAUGACAUACACAGCACAAAUAAAAGCAUAAUAGGAAAAUUAAUAGAAUAAAUCUAUACAAACAAGGCCAGCAUUAACCGGUAGAAAAGGCAAGAUUAAACAAAUACGUUUUAAGCUGUGAUUUAAAAGAUUGGAUAGAAUCAGACGCCCGGAUGCCAAUCGGAAGGUUGUGCGCGUGCGCAGUGUAAGAUGCUGCGGUGACGCCCUCAGGACGGCCGACAGGAUUUCAAACAGGUUUGAUUUUCUUACGAGCAAACGAUUGAUGAUCGGGAGCUGGUCGAGAAGUGUUAAUCGCUUCUCGUUACCUCAUGUAGACGAUGCACGACACACGAUCCUCCAAACGGUCGCACGACUGAAAAAUCGGCUCAAAAUGGGCUAAAAAUCGCACAGUGUAUGCCCAGCAUUAGGCUGCCGGGGGAUUCCCAUGAUGCACUGGGUGUUUCUUCUUCACCCACUAUGUUUAAUAGACCUCUCUGCACUGAAUCGUACUUGUUAUUAACCUCUGUCUCUCUUCCACAGCAUCUCUUUAUCCUGUUUUCCUUGCCCCUCCCCAACCGGUCGCAGCAGAUGGCCGCCCCUCCCUGAGCCUGGUUCUGCUGGAGGUUUCUUCCUGUUAAAAGGGAGUUUUCCUUCCCACUGUCGCCAAAGUGCUUGCUCAUAGGGGGUCAUAUGAUUGUUGGGGUUUUCUUUGUAAGUAUACCGCUUACAACAUCAAGUGCCUUGAGGUGACUGUUGCUGUCAUUUGGUGCUCUAUAAAUAAAAUUGAAUUGAAAAUUGAA